CCCGUUCAUUAGGUUGUUGGGGCCCGCCGUUCGUGACUCUUUCUUGGACGAUUCCUCUGCUUCUGUCCCGGUCUCAGUGACUCCUCUUCUUCUCACAAACAACUAUCCCAAGACAUCACGACAAUGUCAGAGAACGCAGAGCCUCCCGUCGUCGCCGUCAUGACCAACGGAACCCUCAAUGGCGUCAAUGGCGACCACCCGCCGCGCCCAAGAACACCGCAGCCCGCCGGAAUGUCCUUGACCGAGUAUAGCGCCAACCCGUCUACGCCGCCAGAGGAGAGAAGAAGCCGCAUCAAGGGCGUUGUUCCCGAGGACUUUUUGCUGCCUGAUGGCCACCCGGAUUACCUCCGAAUGAUCGCCGCCGCAACGUCCCGCGUCUACGAAGCCUGCAAGGUCACACCGCUCCAGCCCGCCGUCAAUCUCAGCAACCGACUCGAGUGCAAUGUUCUCCUCAAGCGCGAGGACCAGCAGCCCGUCUUCAGCUUCAAGCUGCGCGGCGCCUACAACAAGAUGGCCCACCUCGACCCCGCCGUCAGCUGGAAGGGCGUCGUCUGCUGCUCCGCCGGUAACCACGCUCAGGGCGUCGCCUACUCGGCCCGCAAGCUCAAGAUCCCCGCCACUAUUGUCAUGCCCGAAGCAACACCUAGCAUCAAGCAUCUCAAUGUUGCGCGUCUAGGCGGCCAUGUCGUCUUGCACGGUGCCGAUUUCGAUGCCGCCAAGGAGGAGUGUGGCCGGAGAGCGGCGCAGGACGGCCUGAUCAACAUCCCGCCGUUUGACGACCCGUACGUCAUUGCGGGCCAGGGAACCAUUGGUAUGGAGUUGUUUGGCCAGAUCAACAUGUCCAAGCUCGAUGCCAUCUUCUGCUGUGUCGGAGGUGGUGGACUCAUCUCCGGAAUCGGUGUCUACGUGAAGCGCAUGGCGCCCCAUGUCAAGAUCAUUGGUGUCGAGACCUACGACGCCAAUGCGCUGGUCCAGUCCCUGGCCAAGGGAGAGCGUGUGGUACUGGACAGCGUCGGCCUCUUUGCGGACGGUGCCGCCGUCAAGACCGUCGGCGAGGAGACGUUCCGCCUUUGCAAGGACGUCGUUGACGAGGUCAUCCAAGUCACCACCGACGAGGUCUGCGCGGCCAUCAAGGACAUGUACGACGAUACCCGCGCCGGCCUCGAGCCCGCCGGUGCUCUCUCCAUCGCCGGUCUCAAGAAGUACGUCGCUCAGAACCCGAGCGAUCGCCGCAAGACCAUGGUGGCCGUCACCUCUGGCGCCAAUAUGAACUUUGACAGGCUGCGAUUCGUCGCUGAGCGCGCCACCCUCGGCGAGGGCAAGGAGGCCCUGCUGGCGGUCAGCAUCCCUGAGAAGCCCGGUGCCUUCUCCAACCUCAUCACCAGCAUCAUGCCCCACUCCGUGACCGAGUUCUCAUACCGCUACGCCACUGACGAAGUCGCCAACGUUCUUAUUGGUAUCUCCCUGACAGCCCCUGCAUCGCAAAGAACGCAGGAGCUGCAGAUGCUCUUGGAGCGCAUUAGGUCGCACGACAUGUCAGUGACGGAUCUCUCCGGCGACGAGCUCGCCAAGAGCCAUAUCCGGUACCUCGUUGGUGGUCGCUCCAACGUGCCCAAUGAGCGCCUGUACAUGUUCAACUUCCCUGAGCGGCCCGGCGCUUUGGAGAAAUUCCUCAUGACCCUGCGUCCCAAGUUCAACAUUAGUCUGUUCAACUACCGUAACUACGGCGGUGACACGGGUAGAAUCUUGGCGGGCAUCCUGUGCCCCGACAACGAGGUUGAUCAAUUGGAGACGUUCUUGACUGAGAUUGGAUACCCGUGGGAGGACUGCACCCAGUCGGCCGUUUUCAAGACUUUCCUCCGUAGUUAGAGAAUGGAGGCUUGAAAACCCCGUUUACUCGGUUGAUUUUCGUACGGCGCUGGGAGUUUUUGUAGAUAUUUGGGUGACAGAAAACGGAACAUUGGGAGAUAUCACGCAUGCUGGUGCAACUUGGGGCAAAAGAAAAGCCGGC